AUGGCAUCUUCUAUUUCAUCACCUGGAAGAAUAACCACUGCUUCAUCUGUAAUAACAUCUUCAGAAACGUUAGUACCAACAACACCUGGUGAUAAUAUCAAAUUAAAAAAUGAUUUCGUUUCCAAAAUAUCGGCAAUGAGAAAUGAAUUAUUGAAUAAUCCUGUAUUUACAAUUGAACGAUAUAAUGAAACAAUGGAAAUAAUAAAUAAUGCAAAAUUGAAAAAUAAUUCGAAGAGAAAUGAUAAAGAAAUAUCAUUAUUAAAAGCCUACGAUGUAAUUAAUCUUGGCAAUCAAGAUAAAUUAAUUAAGAAAAUUCAUGAAGAAGAAGAUACCACAGUUAAAUAUUAUGUUCCAUUAAAUGAGAUUUAUGAUGUAAUUAGAAUUGCUCAUUCAAAUGUAGGCCAUCGAGGUAUAAAAUAUACUUCAAAAGAAAUUAAGAAACGAUGUGCGAAUGUUACUGAAAAACAAGUUAAAUUAUUUAUUUCAAAUUGUGAAGAAUGUAAAAUAAAACGUUCUAAACCCAGAAACUCAUCAAAAUUAGUGAUAAAUCCGAUUCUUUCAAAUGAUUUUAGUUCUCGUGCUGAGGUAGACCUUAUCGAUAUGCAAUCAUCUCCUGACGGACCAUUUAAAUUUAUAUUGAAUUAUCAAGAUCAUUUUACGAAAUUCUGUGUCUUGCGACCUCUUAAAACAAAAACAGCAGCAGCAGAAGUCGCUUAUCAUUUAUUAGAUAUUUUUGCGUUAUUUGGCGCACCACUUAUUUUACAAUCAGACAAUGGAAGAGAAUUUACCGCUCUUGUUAUCGAAGAAUUGUCACUUACGUGGAAGAAUUUGAAGAUCGUACAUGGCAAACCACGACAUCCACAGUCGCAGGGAUCGGUCGAGAGAUGUAAUCAAGACACGAAACAGUUGCUAGGAACAUGGAUUCGUGAAAAUAAUUCCACAAAAUGUCCGUAUUCUGUUUUAUUUGGAAACGAACCAAAAUUAGGUUUAUCUUCAACGUCUUUACACCCAUCUGUAUUUAACAAGAUAACAACAGAAGAAGAAUUAAUUAAUAAAUUAGAUGCAUUAACAGCUGAUGAAAUUAAUAAAAAUUCAUGCGCAAGCGAUAAUGAAGAGGAAGCGUUAAAUAUUGUUCUUAAUAUGACACGUGAUAGUGAUUCUGAAUUUUCUGAUGAUUUAUAUGACAAUGAUCAAUUAAAUGCCACUACACAAAAACGAAAAAAUUAUGAAACACUUACCAACCGCUUUAAAACAACUACUGAUAUUCGUCAAAGUGCCAGGGAAGGUCAAAAGCGGCAAGCUAAUGAAUUCUUGCAAAAUACAGCCAAACGACAAAAGUUAGCUGAUUUGGAUGUUGGAGACAAUGUUCUGGUACCAUUACCAGAUAUUGAUCGUGGUCCAACUGACGCACGGAAUGUUCUCGCUGUAAUUAUGGAAAUCAAAAAUGAUAAAUUUAAGUUAGGAGCUGAACAUGGAUUGAUCAAUGGUUAUUAUAGUUUUAACCAAAUUUCAAAAGCACCUGGAACACCAACAUUGUUGAUUGACAAUAUUAAUGAAGGUACGCAAAAAUCAUUGAGAGAAAUUGCUAAAAGUCAAAGUAUUACUGGUGGACAAGCAUUUUAA